ACCCCUCUUGGGACCUGGGCGAUGCUCCCCACACAAAUGAGCCCUGGGAACGAGGACUUGGUCGUCAGUUUGACUGCCAGCCACCUGUGCACCAAAUUGUAUAGAGUUGUUUGUUUGAGAUGUGUGUCUCUCCCCUCCCUAGUCCACGGGCCCUAUUUUAAAUAUAGACCGAGGCUGUUGCAUACGUUUUUGUUGUUGCUUGGGUUUUGUUUUUGUUUAACAUUUGUAUCCUGAUACCAGAUGGGGAGCUCUGGGUCAAAGCUGAGCUCUUGAUUUCACAGCUUCUCGUCUUCAGUCGCCUAUUAAACCAGAGGACUCACCAUUGCUUCUAUGGCUGCCUCACAGACUCCAGAAACUGUUGCAUCUCAUGUUCCUUUUGCAGAUUUAUGUUCAACUUUAGAACGAAUACAAAAAGGUAAAGGACGUGCAGAAAAAAUCAGAUACUUCAGAGAAUUUUUAGAUUCUUGGAGACGAUUCCAUGAUGCCCUUCAUAAGAACCAAAAAGAUGUCACAGACUCUUUUUAUCCAGCAAUGAGACUAAUUCUUCCUCAGCUAGAAAGAGAGAGAAUGGCCUAUGGCAUCAAAGAAACUAUGCUUGCUAAGCUUUAUAUCGAAUUGCUUAAUUUACCUAAAGAAGGAAAAGAUGCUCUUAAACUUUUAAAUUAUAGGACACCCACUGGAGCUCGUGGGGAUGCUGGAGAUUUUGCGAUCAUCGCAUACUUUGUGUUGAAGCCAAGAUGUUUGCAGAAAGGAAGCUUAACCAUACAGCAAGUAAAUGACCUUCUAGAUUCAGUUGCUAGCAGUAAUUCUGCUAAAAGAAAAGACCAAGUAAAGAAGAGCCUUCUUCAACUUAUAACUCAGAGUUCCGCACUUGAACAAAAGUGGCUUAUACGAAUGAUUGUAAAGGAUUUAAAACUUGGUGUUAGUCAGCAAACUAUCUUUUCUGUUUUUCAUAGUGAUGCUACUGAGUUGCAUAAUGUUACCACCGAUCUGGAAAAAGUGUGUAGACAAUUGCAUGAUCCUUCUGUAGGACUCAGUGAUAUUUCCAUCACUUUAUUUUCUGCCUUUAAGCCAAUGCUAGCUGCUAUUGCAGAUAUUGAGCGCAUUGAGAAGGAUAUGAAACACCAGAGUUUCUACAUAGAAACUAAGCUCGAUGGCGAGCGCAUGCAAAUGCACAAAGAUGGGGAUGUGUAUAAAUACUUCUCCCGAAAUGGAUAUAACUAUACUGAUCAGUUUGGUGCUUUUCCAGACGAAGGCUCUCUUACCCCAUUCAUUCAUAACACAUUCAACAUAGAUAUACAAAGCUGUAUCCUUGACGGUGAGAUGAUGGCCUACAACCCAGAUACACAAACGUUUAUGCAAAAGGGGAAUAAGUUUGAUAUUAAGAGAAUGGUGGAAGAUUCUGAUCUUCAAACCUGUUACUGUGUUUUUGAUGUAUUGAUGGUUAAUAAUAAAAAACUAGGACAUGAGACCCUGAAAAAGAGGUAUGAGAUUCUUAGUAGUACUUUUAUGCCCAUACCAGGUAGAAUAGAAAUGGUGCAGAAAAAACUAGGUCAUACUAAGAACGAAGUAAUUGAUGCACUGAAUGAAGCAAUCGAUAAAAGAGAAGAGGGAAUCAUGGUGAAACAUCCUCUGUCCAUUUACAAACCAGACAAAAGAGGUGAAGGAUGGUUAAAAAUUAAACCAGAGUAUGUCAACGGACUGAUGGAUGAAUUGGACAUCUUAAUUGUUGGAGGUUACUGGGGUAAAGGUUCACGGGGUGGGAUGAUGUCUCAUUUUUUGUGUGCAGUAGCAGAGAAGCCCCCUCCUGGUGAAAAGCCAUCUGUGUUUCAUACUCUCACUCGUGUGGGCUCUGGUUACACCAUGAAAGAACUGUAUGACCUGGGUUUGAAAUUGGCCAAACAUUGGAAGGCUUUUCAUAAAAGAGCUCCACCGAGUAGCAUUUUAUGUGGAACAGAGAAGCCAGAAGUGUACAUCGAACCCUGUAAUUCUGUCAUUGUUCAGGUUAAGGCAGCAGAGAUUGUCCCCAGUGAUAUGUAUAAAACUGGCUGCACACUGCGUUUUCCACGAAUUGAAAAGAUAAGAGAUGACAAAGAGUGGCAUGAGUGCAUGACUCUGGAUGACUUAGAGCAACUUCGGGGAAAAGCAUCUGGAAAGCUUGUGUCCAAGCACCUCUACUUGGGCGACGACGAGCAGCCACAAGGAAAAAGGCGAAGAGCUGCCCCCAAGGUGAAAAGGGUUAUUGGAAUCAUUGAACACUUAAAAGCACCCAACCUUACUAAUGUAAGCAAAGUUUCCAAUGUAUUUGAAGACGUGGAGUUUUGUGUGAUGAGUGGAACAAACAGCCAUUCGAAGCCUGACCUGGAGAGCAGAAUUGCAGAACUGGGUGGCUGUAUAGUCCAGAAUCCAGGCCCAGACACAUACUGUGUAAUUGCAGGGUCUGAGAACAUUCGAGUGAGAAACAUAAUUGCUUCAGGCAAGCAUGAUGUUGUCAAGCCCAUCUGGCUUUUAGAGUGUUUUAAGACCAAAAGCUGUGUGCCGUGGCAGCCUCGCUUUAUGAUUCAUAUGUGUCCAUCAACAAAAGAGCAUUUUGCCCGUGAAUAUGAUUGCUACGGUGAUAGUUAUUUUGUUGAUACGGAUUUGAACCAACUGAAGGAAGUAUUCUCUGGCAUUAAAAAUUCUAAUGAACAGGUUCCUGAGGAAAUGGCUUCUGUGAUUGCCGAUUUAGAAUAUCGGUAUUCCUGGGAUCACUCUCCUCUCAGUGUGUUUCGAUGCCACACCAUUUAUGUGGACCUGUAUACUGUUAUUAAUGACUUGAGUACCAAAAUUGAGGGAACAAGAUUAGCUAUGCAUGCCUUGGAGCUUCGAUUUCAUGGUGCAAAAGUAGUGUCUUGUUUGGCUGAAGGAGUAUCUCAUGUAAUCAUCGGGGAGGAUCAUAGUCGCAUUGCAGAUUUUAAAGCUUUUAGAAGGACUUUUAAGAGAAAGUUUAAAAUCCUCACAGAAGGUUGGGUAAUUGAUUCAAUAGACAAGUGUGAAUUACAGGAGGAAAACCAAUAUCUGAUUUAAAACUCGCCUCUGAUCCGACAGACUCACUGCAACAAAUGGUAAUGAUAAAAUAUUAAGCUACAUUUUAUUUUUCUCUUAAAAUAUGUGCUUAAAAAGUAUUAUUAGAUAUAAGAAAACAAUUUUAACUUUUAAAAUUAAAAACAGAAUGGCCUAAAGGUAACCUUAUCUGAGUAAUGUAGUAUUUUAAUGAUUUUUAUAACCAAGAUGAAAUAAUUAAAAUUUAAAGAAGUGUUUGCAUAAAACAAUACAGAAAUCUAGAAUUUUGACUGAGAUUCUAAUAAAGUACAUUUAGAAGCUUUUACAGUAUUGAUCAUCUAGACAGUAUUUUCUGAAGUCAAAUUAAAAAAACAGUAUUUUUUCAUCUAAUAAAAGCAUUGAAAGAAAAAAGGGUAGACUUGUUCCAACUGAUUUUGUAAAAAGUACGUCCUUUUACUUGAAGGCUAAAAUGUUUCUUUUAAAUAUGAAAUGUAAAAAGAAAUUUUUUUAAGGCUAAGGACAAAUGCAUUAAAAAAACUUUGUCAGUGAUGUUUUUAGCUAAAUUUGGGGAGAUUGAAUGAGAUUUAAUAGUCUAAAAAUUUUAGAUUGAAUUGGUUUGAUUAAAAAUAAACCUAGCAAUUUUAAAAGUAGCCCACAUUUAAUUUUUUAUCUGGAAUAUAGCAUUUUUUAAAGAAAGUAUUUUUGUGUGAAUUUGCAUGCCAGUAUAAGUAGUAUUAACAAAAAGUCUUCUUUGAUAUUAUCCAUUGAUUGGGUGCUGGUAUGUCAUAUGUAUUGUAACUUUCAUUAGAGGGAAAUAAAUUGCUUUGACUUUUUAAAAUGGCCUUUAUAUUUAGAUUAUUUAAAGUCAAUGUGUAUAAUGUAUAUUAUAUCUGGAUUUAUUAUACCAAAUUUUGGGAUACAGCCUAUCUCAUGACUGGAUUGUGGUGUAUGGAAUUUGGUAU